CGUGCUCUGACCCGUCUUUCCACUCCCCAGCGGUGUGAACCCACAGAUGACACUAUUUACAAAUACCAGGCGAAGACUCUAAACGAGAGUCGCACUGUGAACCUCAGUGACUUCAAGGGCAAGAGUGUCCUCUUCAUCAACGUGGCCACGUACUGAGGGUUCGCCUUCCAGUACCCGGACCUGAAUGCACUACACGAGAAGCUGAAACCUCACGGACUAACCAUCCUGGGCUUUCCCAGCAACCAAUUUGGGAAACAGGAACCAGGGCAGAGGCAUGAAAUUCUUCCCGGUUUAAAGCAUGUUAGACCAGGCAAUGAAUUCGUCCCGAACUUCCUGCUGUUUGAGAAGGGUGACGUGAAUGGAAAAGACGAGCAAGGGGUUUUCACUUUCCUUAAGAGCUCCUGCCCUCCAGUCUCCGACCUCCUCGGUGACCCUGCCAGAAUGUUCUGGACGCCCGUGAAACUCAGCGACAUCAAGUGGAACUUUGAAAAGUUUCUGGUGGGUCCAGACGGGAAGCCGGUGAUGAGGUGGCACCCGAGUGUCCCCGUUUCUAAGGUCGAAGCUGACAUUCGCCAUUACCUGUUCCAGCUGUUCACACAGCAGACGUUAGGCGAGAUCUGAUUCAUCACACUGUAUUCUCCAGCUACUGAAGUACCUGUAAUGAGUAAUGUUAACAGAUUCUGAUACAUGAAGACUGCAUGUUUAAUGAAGAGGAGGCUUUAAAACAGGAAGUCUGUGGAGCCUCUUCUGAGUCUAAGGGUUCAGGCCAGCUCUUCAGUGCAUUCGAGCUGCCCUGUGAUCCCACAGCCUCAUGUCACCUUCUCAUCCCAGGACCUGUUAGCCAUUGCAUCCUACAUGUUACUUAUAAUAAAUCACAGAGAACAUACUAA